GGUAGUCCCUGGGGAGGGGAAGGGAGGGGAAGGGAAGGGCAGCCGGACUGGCCGGGCGGGGAGCGGAGCCAUGGACAAGCUGAAGCGGGUGCUGAGCGGCCGCGACGCGGAGGAGCCGAGCGGCCUGGCCGAGGUUAUUGAUUCAACUUCUUUAGGUUGGGGCACCCGAGUGAAAGGCUUCGUUGCGUGUUUUGCAAUAGGAUGCCUGUGCUCGAUCUUGGGUAGUUGUCUGCUAUGGAUACCAAAGAAAGGGCUGGUUCUCUUUGCAGUGUUUUAUACUCUGGGGAAUAUUGCGUCUAUUGGGAGCACUCUUUUUCUUAUGGGACCAAUGAAACAAUUGAAAAGGAUGUUUGAGCCUACACGUUUGAUUGCUACUAUUGUUAUGCUAUUGUGCCUCGUACUAACACUAUGUUCUGCUUUCUGGUGGCGCAAGGCAGGACUCGCGCUUCUUUUCUGCAUCUUACAGUUCUUUGCCAUGGCAUGGUACAGCAUUUCCUUCAUACCAUAUGCAAGGGAUGCUGUGAAGAAAUGUGUUUCGGUCUGUCUGUCCUAACAGGAAUACCAGAUGCUUCACAAAGUUCUAGGAAGUUCUAGAUGGAACUAUGUUAAGAUCACCGUGUUGUGUAGUUUCCUACUUCUUAAGCACAUGCCUUUCAGCUUGUUGUUAGAAGCUCCUUGUGCUGCAUCCAGUGUAUGCAAUUGCUUAGGUUUGUAAGCAAUGGUGUCUUGAUCACAGGGUGCUUGUGAUCAAAUGAAAUUCAGUCUGGCAGAAGAACUGGGCAGAAAUCCAAAAUUUGCUAUGAUAAUUCUUAAGUAAAUUCAUGUGUUUGGUUUUGCAAAUAUUUCAAAGUAAUACAUGAAGUCUGUAAAAUGAAGACCUUGGCUCAGUUGGGACUAUGGCAGUCUAGAUGAUUUCUUUUUCUUGAAAAAGAAAUCAGUUGCGAAUUGAUUUCUUACUGACAACUUGGUGUUUUUUUUUUAAAUAGCCUUAUGUCGCUUAAUCUUUGCACUGUUUGCCUUGGAUAAUGGAAUAUUGGUAUUCUUUCUUUUCCUGUCUCCCUGGCAAAAUGUUAGUUUAUGAGACUUCUAAAAGCUUUGAUUAUAAAAUCAGAGAUUGUUUGGGACUAACCAUGAAAUGUUUGCAUCUUUAAUGAAGUAUUUAAUUUUCAGUCUCUAUUGAUGGUGUUUCCUUAAAAUAUGUGAAAGGGAUAUUUUCAUCCGUAAAAACUUGUUCCUGUAGGAAAUGCACUUGUAAAAUAAGGUUAAUUGAUUUUUUCAGCUGCCAGGAACCUGAGUUCUUUGCCUUGCUUACAGUUAAUGGCACUAUGUGCAAGGUAGGAAGCUGAAAUUUUUCACGCAAAGCUGAAGGUGCUUCUCUUCUCCCUCAGCUGUAGCAUAGAAGCAGUGCAAAGCUGAAGGCAUGGUAGGCAAGCAAAGAGAUUUUAUUUAUGUCCUUCCUCAAAGGACAAACUGUGAUAAGGUGGAUGUGGGCUAUUGGUUAAGCAACUUGGGCAAGGGAGAAUGCAUUUUCUUCUGAAAUGUAAAUAGGUUAAAACGCCAACAUUUCUUUUUUUGUAAGUGGGAUCAGUUUCUCCUGAAACUCUGGCACAUACUAGUGAACAUCCUCUGCUUUGAGGAGAAAGUACAAUUUUCUAUUGCCUGUCUUAGCAAAGAAAGUGUGUAACAAUCUAGCUGCUAGCUCCUAACAAAUGCUUAGCAGUCAGUAUCCAAAUUCCAAGGCCACUCUCUUUAUCUUCUGAGCUACAUAUAAUCAUUUACUUCCAAACCGUUGCAGUGGUCAGUUGUUUAAUAUCUGAGCACAGAUUCCUGCUUCUCCUUUGUGAGGUACUGUUUAACUACUUUCACCUUUCCUCUGACCAAACUGUCUUCCUGGAGUCAGUGUGUAAGAUAUGAUUAUCCAGUGGACUCUGGUAGGAACUGAAGCCUCUCUUGCUCCAUCCACCAAGAGUUUAGUCAUUUAAAAGCAUCAUGUUUGCAUGGCAAGUAUGUCCCUGACUUGUACCACAAAGAUUUUAGUGUAGGAAAAACCUAGAUCUACUUGGCAGUGAAUAAUAAGCCCACAGUGAAGGCAGAUAUUCUGUGGCUUUCAGGAAGUUACUAAAAUCUGAGUUAAUCCAAAAUCUUAAAUUUAAUUGUCCUUCUGAUAAUUUAUAAAGCACAGUACCAUCCAGCUGUUAGAAUUCUCUAAAAAAAAUAAAGGAUUCCCUUUUGCAAAUAGUAUGAAAGGGAAAUUUUAACAACCUUUCCAACCUUUCUGUGAAUUCCAGCAGGCCAGAAUUACUGUUACAAAGGCAUUUGAACGGAAAAUGCCACCUUGAAAACAUGGCACUGAUGUUGGGAUAAAUUAGUUAUACAGGUUUAAGUGUUAUAUCCUAGUGCUUUUUUUCUCCCCCAGGACUUGCAAGUUAGUGUUGAAAUAACUAGGUUGGCUAUUACUCUUCUUGAAAAGUACAACUGGUUAAAUGCACAAGGGAGACUGGGAAUUAAAGAAAACUGAUACUUCUUUUCCCUGACUAAUCUCAGACAAGUAUCUAAACUGAUGUGUUUUGUCAGGGAGUAAGUUCAAAACCUAAUUUACAUCUGUCAAAGGACAUGUGUUAGUCUUUUCUUAGAACUUUGAAAAUGUUUACAGAAUUUCUUUGUAUAGGGGAAAUUGAAAUGCAAUCCUAAUGCCUUUUACAUUCCAAUAUUUCUUUAAUUUUUGGGUGUUCCUGAAAAAAGCUACAAGUAUAGUACAUUGUUUCUGCUUCACCUUUCCAGGAAAGUUAUGUUAAUUGGGGUCAUCAGUCCAGGUUCAUCAGCAGCCAAGAUAAUGGAACUUGACUUCUGGGGUUCUUUUUUUUUGAUUUCUUCACAUUAGAAGGAGUAAAAGCCUUUUGCUUGUUCUUUGGCUAGCUUGGGUAGGAUUGUGGUAGCCUGGCUCUCUAGCAGUUCCUCUAGAAGAACAGUAGAAUUGGAUAUGCUGAAUGUUAUUUUUUCAACUUGCAUAUUGGCUAAUUGGGACCUUUGAGCUGGCUGUUGUGAAUACAGCUACUUAGAAGUAGGAAAUUUAUGAAACUACCAAUAGAUAGCAGGUAAACUUAUAUUAAUUUUUUCUUUCUUUCUCUCUGUCAUCCUAUUAUUUUUAAAACUGUAAUUCCAGCUCCACAGCCUUUAUUGAAUAAGAGAGAAGAACAAAUCUUUAUUUGACUGUGUAGCACACGAGACUAAACAAUUGUGCCCUUAAAGGAAGGGAAGCCAAGGAAAGAUGGCAAAGACACAAGGAUCACCAUAGUGCCACUAGGGUUUUUGUUGCCCUUUGGUGUUGUGCUCUGUUCCUGUGAAGGCCAGACAAUAGCACAGAUUAGCUGUAUUCUUGCCAAUAUGUGAAACAUACUCAGGGUUUGUUGCUUCAUCUACAAGCAGUUUUGAUUUAAAAUAGCUCUAUCAGAACAAAACUCUUUAGAUUCUUAUUCCCUUGUAAGUAGUUGUGUUCAAGCUGUUGCCAAGUUUAACAGCAAAAGAAAUUUCCACUUUAUUAAAGUACUUUAUUUUAUAUGAUUUUUACAUAACCAGGGAGUAAACUGGUAUAUGAAUGUUCCCUCUUGACUAGUUUUCAAUCUGACUUAGAUAAUACCAUAAAACCUUUUUUUUUUUGGUCAUUAAAACCACUUUGUGUUAAAUUUUAAUAUCAUCCACUUGGCAGGAAGCAUGGUGGGCAUUUCUGAAGCUUUCUAUCUUAAUGUUGUACAGUGCAGGAGUGUUUGUUGUCAGCAGUCUAUUGCAAAUGGAGAUGUUUGUGGUUUAAAUCACAAAGCUCCUUCCUUCCCAAAGUCCUUGCUCAGUUGCCUACAGCACUUAACUGAAGGCUGACUUCCCUAAAGAAACUUGUAUGACAUUGGGUGCCUAUCCCAGUAGGAUUUGGUGUUCUACCAGAAAGUGCUUUUUGCCUAGCCUCACCGUUGAUCAACUUGUCCACUUUUUUAUUUGCAGUACAGAUAUCAUAACCUCAACCAAGCAGCCUUAGCAUACAGUUCUAGCAAGAAAUGUGUUUAUCUGGGAUCAGCUGACUUUCCAGCUAUAGUAGAAGUGGAAAUGGGAAGGUGGUAGUCAUCUGAGACUCUGUAAAUCAAAAUGUGGGAUUUUUUUUCACUACUUCAAAGUUUUGCUCUGUUUUAUGUGAUGAAGUCCACUGUGAAUGCUGGUACUAUCUGAGAUGAUUCUACACUGAUGAUGUGAACAAUUUCAUCUCAUUUAGUAUUUGCAGUAAUGAGAUUGUUCAUGAGCUGUUACAAAAAACCAAGAAAUAUUUUCUCCACCAAGUUGAAAGUCUUUUCAGAAAUCACAUUUUAAAAAAGAAAGUGUGUUAGGCUCUGUAGGUGAAUAUGCAAAUUGAGGGGAGAUUGGAGACUACUACAGGAUGACUUCGAGCUCGGAACAGGAUGACGGGCUUGAAUCUGUCAUAACUUGUGGAUGGAUGCAGCUGGUGUGCAAUGCCUUUGGAGGCUCACGGCACUGUCCCUUAUGAGUGGUCGGAAGUACGUGUUUUGAGAACUGCCUGUGGAGCAGUGUGGGUGCUUGAAGCUCAUCCCCUCUUGCUGGGUGCUCAGAGAUUGAAAGAACCUCCAAAUUUCUGAGAACGGCUCUUACUUAAUUUUGGUACUUAAUCAUGUUCCUGAAAGUAAGAUCACUGUGCUAUUGUAGACUCCCAAAACCGAGGAGGAUGUUUAAACACGUUUGUCUUAGUACUGAUGUUUACAACCACAGCAAAUGCUGGUCAGAAAUGGUGUAUUUUCUUAAAAACCAUGUGCCUCGCUCUAAUGUGACCACUAAAUUUUUCUAACAGCUGUGGAAUUGUUUUGUAAAAUAAAAAUCAAAUUCCGAAAUUCUCCACAAUAUUUUAUACUGUUACUGAUUCUGUUUCCUGCUGUGCUUUUUCUAUGUAUUUUACACUGUUUUAUUUCUACUUUGAUAAAUACUUUUUUCCCUAAUGUACGACUUUCUCUGUAAUGAAGUGAAAUCUUUGCAAGUGCUGUUUUUUUCCUUCAAUAAAGUUUUCCUUGCAUUAAA